CUGCCGCUGAGCCGCGGCGCUGAUUGGCUCUGCCACACAACUCAUUUGCAUGCCGCAGUUUCUCCCCCCAUCACGUGAUCGGAGGGGGGCGCUGAGGCUUCCUGUUUGAGGUCAGUGGGGAGGGGGGAGGAAAAUCGAGCAGCGGGCCUCCCUCUGGUCUCGCGCUGCCUGGCGGGGUUCUUGUCAGUUAGCAACAAAAUGGCCGCGGUGGCAGCAGCUCUGCUCCUGAGGACGGCAGCGGCGGCGGUGGCGGCAGGAGCAGCGAGGAGGAGCGGGGGCCCGGCACCGCCUGCCUGCUAGAGAGAGAGAGAGCGCGAGACGCUGCAGCCCCAGCCUCCCCGCCGCAGAGAGACUUUGCCUGAGACGCUGCUGCUGCAGCCCCCUGGGGAGACGUUGCUGCCUCAGCCUCCUGCUUCCCCCCGGGGCGCAAGACUCCUGGAUCCCCCCCGCCCCCAGUGAGAGGCUCCGCUGCGGCAGCUUCCAGCCUGGUCCUGAGAGACGCUGCUGGAUCCCUCUGGAGGAGACGGAGAGACCCCGCUGGAUCUCCCCUCGUCCUCCUCCUGCCCCAGGAUCCGCCGCGAGAGACGCUCUGCUGGAUUCCCCUCGCCCAAUUGGGUCCCCCCGUGAGAGAUCCUUCUGCUUGGAUCCCCCAUAAGAGAGACUGCUGGAUCCUCCCCCCGUCCUCCCGGUGAGAGAGACUUCAUUGGAUCCUCCUCCUGCCUGGAUCCCCAUAUGAGACUCUCUGUUGGAUCCCCCUGUGGCUCCAUAUUUUGGAGGGGGAGCCCUCUUUCAACCCGUUUGGGGGGAUCCACUUUCUCCUUUUAAUUUGCACUUUUUGAAGCCUCAGAUGCUCCUCCAUGUGGACUGAGAAUCCAUCAACACAAACAAGAAAUAAACUCUCCCCGAUCCACUCUAGAGCCUGAAUUCCUUGGGUUUUUGCUGCAACUCGAAAGCAAAUGUGUAUUUAAAACAAAAUUCGUGUGCAAAAGUCUAGCUAGGGACGUUUUUUCCCGUUUCUUUCUCCACUGGAAAUCAAAAGCUUGUUUUGGAAUUGAACCUGUUUCUCCUGCACUUGAGCUGGAUAACACUGAAGCUCUUUGCUCUUCUGCUUGGAUACUGUUUUCUUGUUGACUUGUUUUUCUUCUCUUCUGUGGCAGGUUGUGGGGGGGGAGGUGCUUUUUGUUUUUAUUUUUGUUUUGGUUUAAUUCGGGGGGAGACUGAAUCUUUUUUUCUGGCCGUGUGAGAUUUUUUUUCCUGUUCAGAUUCGUGAAAUUACGGGUAUUUUUUAAAAAAAGCAUUAAAAUAAGCAAGAAGCACGUCAGAGAGACCACACGCUAGACGAAAUACUCACUUGUUUCAUUAUAGAAAGACUGAAUCGAAAGCUGCCAAAGAGCCCCUGAAGGAAAAGAAAAGGGAGAAAGAACAAGAAAUUCAAGAAGAGGAACAUUUGAUGGAAGAAAAGAAAAAGAAAAAGCAGGAAGAAAAGAAAAAGAAGGAAGGUGCUCAGAAAAAGGCUGCUGAACAAAAAACCAAAGUGCCAGAACCUAUUAAGACCAGUUUAAGCCAGCCCCAGCCUGCCGGUACCGGUACCAGUACUUCCACCAGCACUAUUACCAACAGCAGCAAUGGCAAGCGUGCAUCUGCUAAUGGGCAGCAGCCAGCUGCAUCCCGUUACCUGCCUCGUGAGGUGCCUCCACGCUUCCGCCAGCAAGAACAGAAGCAGCUCUUAAAGAGAGGUCAGCCACUGCCUACCGGGACUCUGACCGGCGCAAGCCCACCACAAGGUACUGGACAAGCAGGGGCAAGUCCUCCUCCACAGCCAGGAGCAGGUGGACAGCAUCAUCCCAGUAAGACCCAAACCCAAACAGAUCUUAGUCACAGUAGUUUGGGAGACCAUUAUGAAAAUUCCCACUGGGGACAACAGCCCACUUUCAGAAGUGAAGCCAACUGCAGCUGGGAUAAAGUGAUAAUAGACAGGACUGACAAGGAAGCGUGGCCUUCCAUUACAGGAACUGAGACUGAAUCUGCUUCAGAAUGUACUACAGAAACUGACUCUGCCUCCAACUGUGGCUCAGAGAACAGUAGCAUGGCUACAGGGAGUGCCCAAGGCAACUUCACUGGACAUACAAAGAAAACUAAUGGCAAUAAUGGCACCAAUGGAGCACUCAUCCAAAGCACUUCUAACCAGAGUGCCCUUGGAGCUGGUGGAGCAAAUGGUAAUGGAAACUCAGCCAGAGUGUGGGGUGUGGCCACAGGCUCCAACUCUGGCCUAGCUCACUGCUCUGCCAGUGGUGGGGAUGGAAAGAUGGACAACAUGAUUGCAGAUGGUAGAAGUCAAAACUGCUGGGGUGCUUCCAACUCAAAUGCUGGCAUUAAUCUUAACCUUAACCCUAAUGCCAAUCCAGCUGCCUGGCCUGUACUCGGACAUGAAGGAACUGUGGGAGCAGGCAACCCUUCCAGUAUUUGUAGUCCAGUCAGUGCCAUAGGUCAGAAUAUGGGCAACCAGAAUGGUAACCCAACAGGCACCUUAGGUGCUUGGGGAAACUUGCUGCCGCAAGAGAGCACAGAACCACAAACGUCCACUUCUCAGAAUGUGUCUUUCAGCGUACAACCUCAGAACCUUAACACUGAUGGACCAAAUAACACUAACCCCAUGAACUCUUCACCAAACCCUAUCAAUGCAAUGCAGACUAAUGGACUGCCAAACUGGGGGAUGGCUGUUGGUAUGGGGGCCAUCAUCUCGCCCCAUCUGCAAGGCCUUCCUGGUGCUAAUGGAACAUCAGUUUCUCAAGUCAGUGGGGGCAAUGGUGAAGGAAUGGGUAGUUCAGUAUGGGGAAUAUCCCCAGGUAAUCCUGCCACAGGAAACAGCAAUUCUGGGUUCAGUCAGGGGAAUGGAGACACUGUGAACUCAGCAUUAAGUGCUAAACAGAAUGGAUCCAGCAGUGCUGUGCAAAAGGAAGGAAAUGGAGCAAGUGCGUGGGAUUCAGGACCUCCUGCUGGUCCUGGGGUACUAGCAUGGGGCAGGGGCAGUGGCAACAGUAGUGUUGGUAGCAUGCAUUCUGGAGCUUGGGGCCACCCCAACCGUAACACCAGUAAUGGGGUUAAUGGUGAAUGGGGCAAGUCCCCAAAUCAGCAUUCCAAUAGUGACAUCAGCGGUAAAGGAUCAGCAGGGUGGGAUAGCCCUAGUGUUACCAGCCAGAAUCCUGCCAUGCAGCAGGGCAAUGAACAAAUAAACUCUUGGGCCAAAGCUGCAGCAUCUGUCACCACAGCUAGUGAAGAAAGUAAUGACAGUGGUGGAGGUCAAAAUGAGGGCAACACUGCGAGAGAAGGAGCAGGAGAGGCCAGAAGGAGAGACAAAGGGGUGAUAGACCAAGGGCAAGUCCAGUUGCCAAGGAAUGACCUUGACCCAAGAGUCCUGUCCAAUACUGGUUGGGGACAGACUCCUGUAAAGCAAAACACUGCCUGGGAAUUUGAAGAAUCCCCAAGGUCUGAACGAAAGAAUGACAAUGGAACGGAGGCCUGGGGUUGUACAGCUUCUCAGUCUUCAAACUCAGGGGGGAAGAACGAUGGGUCCAUCAUGAACAGUACAAAUACCUCUUCAGUAUCUGGGUGGGUCAACUCUCCACCCUCAGCUGUUCCAACAAAUACAGGUUGGGGAGACAACAACAACAAAGCGCCAAACGGCCCAGGGGGAUGGGGAGAAUCAGCUAGCUCUACUGCUGUCAAUGCUGCUGCUGCUGCUACUGCUGCCAAAAGUGGCCACGCUUGGAGUGGGACCGCAAAUCAGGAGGACAAAUCACCUACAUGGGGUGAACCUCAGAAACCCAAAUCUCAAAACUGGGGAGAUGGACAGAAAUCAAAUCCAGGCUGGACUUCAGGAGGUGGAGAUUGGGCUGAGUCAUCAUCCAUACCUGGACACUUGCCUGAGGGGAAGAAGAAUGGAUCUGGAUGGGAUGCUGACAAUAGAUCAGGGUCAGGUUGGAAUGAAACUACAAGGUCUGGGACCAGUGGAUGGGGAAAUGGCACAAACACCAAGGCUAAUACAGGUACAAGUUGGGGAGAAUCUCUAAAACCUAGCCCUCAACAGAAUUGGGCUAGUAAACCCCAGGACAACAGUGUGAGUAACUGGGGAGGAGCAGCUUCGGUUAAACAGACUGGGUCAGGAUGGGUUGGUGGGCCAGUGCCACCCAAACAAAAAGAUAGCAGUGAGGCAACUGGCUGGGAAGAGCCUUCUCCACCAUCCAUUCGCCGUAAGAUGGAAAUUGAUGAUGGUACCUCAGCUUGGGGCGAUCCAAACUACAACAACAACAAGACUGUAAACAUGUGGGAUAGAAACAACCCUGUAAUUCAGAGCAGUACCACAACCAACACCACCACUACUACUACUGUUAUCAACACAAAUAUGGUUGAACCUCAUCCAUCGCACCAGUCAAGUGCCCAGCCGAACCGGUCCCCAUUGCUUGGUCCAGGAAAGCUUCUUGGACUGGGCAGGCAGAGAAAAGUUUGGCAUGGAGAACAGAGUUUCGUUGAAACUAAGAUUCCACACAGAUGUGCCACAGCAGGCUGGGGAGAAAUGCCUACUGUCCACGCAAAGACUGAAUCUUCUUGGGGAGAGCCCGCAUCCCCUUCUGCUGCAGUUGAUAAUGGCACUUCAGCAUGGGGGAAACCCCCCAGCAGUGGUACAGGGUGGGGAGAGAAUUCUGCCGAGUCAGCAGGGACCUACGGAAGAGCAAAUGCUCCAGCUGCUGCCCCAGCACUGUGCAAGACAGCUUCUAAAUCUAUGCAAGAAGGCUGGGGCAGUGGUGGGGAUGAAGUGAACCUCAGUACUAGUCAGUGGGAAGAUGAAGAAGGAGAUAUGUGGAAUAAUACUGCUUCACAAGAGAGUAACUCCUCCUGUAAUUCAUGGGGGAAUGCCCCAAAGAAAGGACUUCAAAAGGGCAUGAAGACACCUAGUAAGCAAGAUGAGGCCUGGAUCAUGAACCGUCUGAUAAAACAGCUCACAGACAUGGGCUUCCCAAGAGAGCCAGCAGAAGAGGCCUUGAAGAGCAACAGUAUGAAUCUCGAUCAGGCCAUGAGUGCUCUGCUGGAAAAGAAGGUGGAAAUGGACAAGCGUGGAAUGGGAGUGACCGACUAUAAUGGAAUGGUCACCAAACCCCUUGGCUGCCGCCCACCAUCAAUCUCCAAAGAGUCUUCCAUGGACCGCCCCACCUUCCUUGACAAGGAUGGCGGCCUAGUGGAAGAGCCCACUACUUCACCAUUUUUGCCUUCACCAAGCCUGAAGCUCCCCCUUUCAAACAGUGCACUCCCUAAUCAGACCCUGGGCGGGAUUGCCUCAGGGCUGGGCAUGCAAAACUUGAAUUCUUCUAGACAGAUACCGAGUGGCAAUCUGGGUAUGUUUGGCAAUAGCGGAGCAGCACAAGCCAGGACCAUGCAACAGCCGCAGCAACCGCCAGUGCAACCUCUUAACUCAUCCCAGCCUAGUCUUCGUGCUCAAGUGCCUCAGUUUCUAUCCCCUCAGGUUCAAGCACAGCUUUUGCAGUUUGCAGCAAAAAACAUUGGUCUCAACCCUGCACUAUUAACCUCGCCAAUUAAUCCUCAGCAUAUGACGAUGUUGAACCAGCUCUAUCAGCUGCAGCUGGCGUACCAACGUUUACAAAUCCAGCAGCAGAUGUUACAGGCUCAGCGUAAUGUUUCCGGACCUAUGAGACAACAGGAGCAGCAAGUUGCACGUACAAUCAAUAACAUGCAGCAGCAGAUCCAGCAGCACCAGCGCCAGCUGGCCCAAGCCCUGCUUAUGAAGCAGCAGCCUCCCCCUCCACAUCUAUCUUUGCACCCCUCUGCAGGCAAAUCAGCCAUGGAUAGCUUUUCACCCCAUCCCCAGGCUCCCGGCCUACCUGACCUGCAGACCAAAGAGCAACAGUCUUCACCGAACACCUUUGCUCCUUACCCUCUUGCUGGACUGAAUCCGAACAUGAAUGUAAACAGCAUGGACAUUACUGGUGGUUUGUCAGUGAAGGAUACUUCUCAGUCUCAGUCUCGCCUUCCUCAGUGGACACAUCCCAACUCAAUGGAUAAUCUAUCUAGUGCUGCUUCUUCACUUGACCAGAAUUCUAGCAAGCACGGUGCUAUUCCUGGAGGUCUAAGUAUUGGUCCUCCAGGAAAGUCCUCCAUUGAUGACUCUUAUGGACGGUACGAUCUGAUCCAAAACAGCGAUUCACCAGCCAGUCCACCUGUAGCUGUUCCUCACAGCUGGUCACGUGCCAAAACUGAUAGUGAUAAAAUCUCCAAUGGUUCCAGUAUUAACUGGCCGCCAGAAUUUCAUCCUGGAGUGCCGUGGAAAGGACUGCAGAAUAUUGACCCUGAGAAUGACCCAGAUGUCACUCCUGGAAGUGUUCCGACUGGGCCUACCAUUAAUACCACCAUACAAGAUGUUAAUCGCUAUCUUCUCAAGAGUGGAGAUUCUGAAUACAUAGAAGGAACUGAGGGACAAUUAUGGCUGAGGAUCCCUUCCAUGCCUUCAGGUCUUGAAGGUUCAGUUCUGCAUGGAAGCAUUGUGCAACCCCAGCUGCUUUCAAGAGGGUUCCGACUCAAUGGCAAGAGAGCAUGGUCAUCCCCAACAUCAUCUCAGAAUGCCACGCUGCCUUCAUCGAGUGCCUGGCCGCUUAGUGCCUCCGGCUACAGUAGCUCUUUCAGCAGCAUUGCAUCCGCACCUAGCAUUGCAGGUAAAUUGUCAGACAUCAAGUCUACAUGGUCCUCUGGCCCAAUCUCUCACACACAAGCCUCUCUAUCCCAUGAACUAUGGAAGGUACCCAGAAACACUACUGCUCCUACGAGACCACCUCCAGGUUUAACAAACACCAAGCCAUCAUCUACCUGGGGUGCCAGCCCACUGGGUUGGACCAGCUCUUAUUCCUCUGGUUCUGCCUGGAGUACUGACAGCUCAGGAAGAACAAGCAGCUGGCUGGUUCUGCGUAACCUCACACCCCAGAUUGAUGGUUCUACACUGCGGACACUGUGUUUGCAACAUGGCCCUCUAAUUACAUUCCACCUGAACCUGACUCAAGGGAAUGCUGUGGUCCGCUACAGUUCCAAGGAAGAAGCAGCCAAGGCCCAGAAGUCUCUGCAUAUGUGUGUUUUGGGAAACACUACCAUCUUGGCUGAGUUUGCUGGUGAAGAAGAAGUAAACCGUUUCUUAGCACAAGGCCAGCCACUGCCACCCACCUCCAGUUGGCAGUCCAACACUGGAACCAAUCAGACUCGUAUGGGCUCCACGAGCAGCUCUCAUGGAUUGGUGCGGAAUGAUGCAGGCCACUGGAAUACUCCCUGCCUGGCUGGCAAAGGGAGCAGCGAAUUGCUCUGGGGUGGGGUCCCUCAGUACUCAAGCAGCCUUUGGGGGCCCCCCAGCACCGAUGAUGGCAGGGUUAUUGGCAGCCCAACACCUUUGAAUACUCUGCUCCCAGGUGAUCUUCUCAGUGGGGAGUCCAUCUAGGAAAGAGAAAAACAAAGUGGAAAUAACAAUCAUCAGCACUAAAGGAAAAAAUUGUAACCCUUUCCAGUCCAGGGCUUCACGAAGAAUCCAGCUUUAACAGAUCAGACUGGCAGCCCUUUUUAGUACCUCUGUCCAAUAUCGAAUAUGAAACUCUGCAGAAGUCCUUGUGAACUGUUAAUGAAACAGUAUGGGCUACAUUUGGUCAGUGUCACAUGCUAAUGACAGGUUUUAUUUUUUUCAUGGCUUUUUAUUUUAUGUCGUCUUUUUAUGUUUGUAUGGUGUUUUUAAAAACAAAGUAUAAAAGCUGCUUAGAAUAGGUCUAUCAUGAAGGGCACUUUUCAGAAUUUGGGCUGGAAAGGGUUAUUUUAUCAACUUUGGGGGGAGGGAGAAAAUGAAAGCCUAUUUUAAAUGAGCCUGUGACUAUUAUGCACAUUACCAGAGGCGGACCCAAUAAUCAGAAGAGAGUGGAGUGUGAUAUUCAUCUUUGGUACAGAAAAGUAAUGAAUCCGAAUGGUAACUAUUGACUGUACAGGUUGAAUUAGAGGGUGGGGGUGUGGUAUCUGUGUCCACUGCUCCCAUGGAUCUGCCUAUGCACAUUACCCUUGUUUCAUUACUUUUUCAUGUCAUUUUUUUAAAAUCCCCCCAAAAUAUAAAAAGUUUAAAAAAAAAACAAAACAUAUCAAACAUGCAAAUACUUGAAUCCAGCAGGCCAAUAACAAAAUGUGAACACUUUCUAAUUAUUACACUUCCAGGUUGGCAUCAAUACACACAAAACAGGCUCUAGGAAUUUUUUUAAAGUUCAUACUAUGUGUUUGUGUUGGAACAGAUGUGUGUGUGUGAGUGAGCUUGUAUGUGUGUGCGUGUGCGCACGCCCGUGUGUGAUUUAACAAAAGUGUGAUUUUUUUUUUCUCUUAUUCAGUAUAUAUGCUUUUUAUUUGCUCAUUGGUCAAACGUUUAAUUGUUAUUAGCUUCUAACUUUGCACUGAGUGUCCGCAGCCCUUCUUGUAGCUAAUCCUGUAUGUUAAAAAAAAAAAAAAAAAAAAAAGAUAGGAGGGGCCGGCGACAAUUCAUGUGUAAAUGUUUACUCAAGGACUCUUAUUGCAUUUUAAAAAUUACAGUGUGUAUCUCUGGAGAAUAAUAUGUAUAUCUACCUUUAGCGGCUUUUUAUUGUGGACUAAUGCAAGAAAAUUAUUACCGGAGUAUUGCACCAUUUUCCAUUCGGAAUAUAAAGUUUAAAAAAAAUACUCUUGUUGAACUGUGGCCAUAGAUAUUUGUAAAGAGUGGAUAGUUCCCCUGCAAGCAGGAACACAAACAAGCACUUGGACAUAGUUUUGACUGCUUUUGGAGGAGUCAGGAGUUUUGGCUCCCACCUGUUUACAGACCUUUUUUUUUCUCCUUCAAACUUUAAAAUAAAAAAGGAAUUAAAAAAAAAAAAGAAAGAAAAAAAAAAAAGACUUCCAUCGUAAA